AUGGCUGCCUCAAGCCCCGCAACAGCUCCAAAGCUACCCCUCGACAUCAUUUACAACAUCGGUCUAGUUUUAAGUAACAAUACGCAAAGCGAAGUCGAAGAAUAUAUCGAUUCCGAAUUUGACCCAGCAAACAGGCCAAAUCGAAGCGCUUUGCAUCGUCUAACAUACCUUUCCAAAGCUACCAAGGACCUUCUGGAACCUCUUCUCUACCGUUAUUUCCAAUGGACCACACCCCAAGACGUCGUCAACAGCUUCAUCACCCUCAUCCAAAGACCUGAAGUCAGGCCUCAUGUGCAGUGCAUCUCGUCAUUUGCGGCAAUCACCGGUCCGGGGGUACGAAAGAAGGAAUUGCCCCUCUGCAAGAAGCUUUGGGCAAAGAGAUGUCCUUCUGACAAGCCUGCCCUAAUGAGGCUCCUCGAUGAAGCUGGUCUUCAUAAGCUUGCUUGGUCAGCUUGUAUGCUUGAAAGAACGAAGCAGAGAUUCAUGUUCUCGCCUGAUUUCAAGCAUGAUGGUAUUCUGGAGCUCAUGUUCGCUGCUAUUCUGUUUCUUACGCCCAAUGUCACCAAUUUUGUCUGGCGCGAUAUGAACACCAACCCAAAGGCAUUCAUACUGGACCACGUCAUGGGCGAUGCAGUCAAAUCGUACCCUAUCAUGCCAAAACUCAGAUUCCUCAAUACAGAAAAGUCAGCUUUUGUGGAAGCAAAGCAAGCACAGUUCUUUACUUCCCACAUCAACCUGUGGGAUAAUUUGCAGACCCUUUAUCUCAACGAUAUUGACUUGGAUGUCGAAUUCAUCGAAAUGAUCUGCAAUGGCGAUUUUAAAAAGGGCAGACCUAUCAAGGAACUCCGCAUCCGAUGUGUAUCAGGGUCGGAGAUACCAGGAAGUAUGAGCUCGUUUGACCCGGACUUCGAGUUAUCCUCCACCGAGCUGCUAGAUGCCAAUGAUCCCGAUAAAGAUAAGGAUAAGUUCGAGGGUGUGUUUCCUCAUCUCGAAUACCUCGAAGUCAGACUCGUUCACCACCAAGAACGUCACGAACAAGGCUCGCGCACCCUGAAAGCCUUCCUCCACGCCGUUGGUUGCCCAAAGAUCCUGAAACUAGAAGGUCACCGCCUACCACGCGCCCAAUUGACCACCGGCAUCAUCCACGACCGUCUCGAACACCUCACAGUCCGCGAGCACAGCCGCGACGGCGGAACCCGCACAAUGGAAAAAGACGUUCUAAUCAAAGGCCUCAACUCAUGGUGGGCAACAAGUUCCCACCUCGUACCGAACCUAAAGAGAAUCGAUUGGGAUCACUACAAGCUCCAACGCGAGGAUCUUGACGAUGAAACUGUGUGGCAAAUGACCGGAGAGGAAGAAUGGGAGGAUGACUCCAACGAUGACUACGGCGACGACUACCUCUCCGACGAACUGUUUGGGGAUGAUGAGGAUCAUAUCGAACAUUUACACGAUAACGUUUAUUACAACCAUACUACCGGCGAGGUUUUUCAGGAUGGGUAUGAGGAAUUGAUGGCGGCUUUGCAGCUGAUGGAAGCAAAUGGAGACCUCCCCCCAGGCUUUAGACCAUAG